AUGGAUCAAAAAGACGCCAAAUCGGUUCUCUUAGAGCGGUUGGUCAAACUCACCGACCCUCUCACCGACAUCGGGCCUUCCGAUGAGUUUUGGUCUGUUUUUUGGACCCAUCCGCACAGCGUCAAUGACGUCUUCACUGCUUUCUCGCCCGCCCAUAUAGUCUUGUUAAGGGACACCAAUUUACGGAAUUUCUGCUUGCUGAUCAGAGUGGUAGCCACCAAGCUGGUCAGGCUCACCAACAAAGCAUCAUCCUCCGGAUUCAACCCCCAGGAACUGCUCAACUGUGUCCGUGUGCUCACCAAACUGUUACCUUAUCUAUACGAACGUCCGGAGCUGGCCCGCGCAGAGAAGACUUUAUUCUGGUCCCUGAACCACUCCAUCGACCCAAACACUGCCAACUCGGAAGUUUCUAACGGCUCCAUAACGGCCACCGUUGGGUUCGACUCUCUUGAAUCUCCAAAUCUCUCCACCGCAGAUUCGACAACCGGGGUGGUGGACGCCGUGGUGAGUCGGGACAAACUGAUGGACGCCCUCUCACUAAAGCCUACCGUGGACGAAUCGUCGCAUUCUAGCUUGCCCCUGGGUGCCAUUUUGGUUUUCCGCGCAGUGGAUCUGCUUUUCACCACUGGAUUUACCGUUCCUAAGACAAAUAAGCAAAGCUCCGCCAUGUCGGUGGAAUUUUCCAUCUGGGAGCCCGGAAUCGGUCUUUCUGGGUCUUUGAAACGUCCUAAUGUUCAAAUAGACUCCAAUAGAUUGGAGAUUCUCAGGUUCCUGUUAGUUCUCUGCUCUCAAUGCCUAUACAAGCCAGUUUCUACAGUGGUCCCGCUCGGAAGCAGAUAUUUGACAGUUCUGGUCACUUCCGUGCCCAAAUUGCAGAUGCUCACUCUUAUCUCAUCACUGUUGAACCUGAUAUGUCGCUCGACCAAAGACCCGAACGAAUACGAUACUGGUUUAGAAAGCGAGAUCCCCGCACACCAAGAAGUGCGCACUCUGAUGGUUACUUGUGCCUUGCAGUUAUUCACUCAGAUGAUCAUUUAUCCGCUCCCCAAGUCUGAUAAAGAGUUUCUGACCAAACAGGGGAUACUCAUAGACACACCAACUAACCUGGUGCGUUACUAUUGUGGUCGGUUGCACAAGGAACAGGAGCUCGAGUUCCUCGAAGACGGACUCAUCAAACCACUGUUUAGGCCUCUGGAGACAGAUAUCUCGUCUGCCUCCAACAUGUCAGGACUGAGCUUUUUGAUGAAGAACAAGUUCAUGUCCAGCAACAACGAUCUAAGUGCAUGGAUGACCGAAAUCAUCAUGCUCAUCUGGGAGUUCUACCAGUGCAACAAACGCUUUCGUUCCUAUUUGUCGACAAACUAUGGGGUCAAGCUCUUGGUUGCACUGUUCUUCCAGAUAUUUCAUUACAAAAACUCAGCGCAACACAGAAACUAUGUGCGCACUUGCUCGUACCUGUUCCUGUUUCUCUCCUACGACACCAUCAUAAUGACACAGCUUGUCACGCCAUUCGAUAAAAACUUCCACGCCGCUCUUCCUCAAAACUUCCGUUUGACAGGAUCACCAACCACUUAUAGAGACUUUUUAGUGUUUCAAACAUGCACCUUGUUACAGUCUGACUGUCCACUGGUCCUGGUGCCAACAAUGAUAGAAUGGGUAUACAACAUGAUUCCGUUGGUUGCAACGCCUGCUGGUGGAGUCCCAACCACUAAUAGACGCCCCUCCAUGAAAGAUCUGACUGCGGUUCAACAGUCAACAUUGCAAAUGUCAUAUUCUACAUGCACGGUAUUGACCCAUCUGAUCGCCAAGUUUUCCAGUAUCUCUUUUCUGAACGAGACAAAUGUGAAUCUGGACCUUUUGGCGCUUUUGAUGCGUGGUUUAUGCCAUCUCAUUUGCAGACACCCCAAUGGGUGUGCCAUUUGGUUGUACGUGUUAUUGAAAAAUAAGACAGUUUACGAAAAUGUCCUGUCUUCAAUCCGAACAAUCUCAAAGACCGACGAAGAAGAACCUCAACAACAACAGCAACAACAAGAUGCACAAACGAGAUCCUCCUCUCCAACGUUAAACCCAGAAACUGCAGAAGAUGAUCCGUUGUAUCAGGCUCCAGAAGAUGGGGACUUAAUAAGACCCAAGCUUCCGGUUGGAAUGUCUUUCAAAGCCAAAGCGAAACUCCCUCUCAACGCUCCUUUGGAGCUCACGUGGACAGGGCUCAAGUCAACAACGAUCAUCCUCGAGGUGAUUCAUCAUUUAGAAGCAAAGGUGACAAUGACAAACUCCGACGCCUCGGCAAUCAUCAACCAAAUCAACAACGCAGGAGUGGCUCAACUUCUAACAACGCUCAAGAUUCCAAACGAAUACAAUCCCAUCAAGACCAAAUUCGAGCCCCUGCGUUUCACAUGGUCAAACCUCUCACUUGGAUGGUACACAUCAGUGCUAUGGGGAACAAUCUAUAACCAGCUGGAAGUGUGCCGUGCAAAGUCGAUGUUCGAUGUCUCCACCUUCCGUAAAGUGGGGGCAGAGUGGGGGUUUGGUACCUGGACAACUUUGGGAGGUAAAGCCACCGCCUCUGAGGUGCAGUGUCUUUCACCAAUUGGAAUCUGGAACGGAACCGACGUUAAGUUACUUACAAUUAAAGGUUCUAUUAGAGACGUGUCGUUAUCGGCAUCCCGUCCAACAGUGGACGCAACAACAGACUCGUUCAUAAAGCGAUUUGGGUCCUUGGCACUGAACCGGCGUAAGUCCAGUGCGGCAUCCAUACAAACUCUGGGCUCCUAUACACAACAGGCUGCUGGAAACGGAGCAGAGAGCCCGAGCCGGCCACUUUUGUCACGGAGCAUGGGAUCUGUGGACCCGGUGGAGUCUACUCCGCCAUUAGUGAGCUACAGCCCUGUUCCGCCUCCAAGUGCUGGCGACUUCGAAGGGUUCAAUCUGAACUCGUUUGGACCAAACGCUGGAAGAUUAACGUCUUCCCUUGGUGACCACUGUGAAUCCGUCGUCGUCGACGAUAGGCUCGCGGCUGUGGUGAUGAUCGUGGUGGUCGUGGUUGUGUUCGACGUCCAUCAUGUCUUCAUCUUCGUCGUCGUCGUCGUCUCCGCUCUCGUCACUUGGGAGUUCGACUUUCUGGACGCCGUGGGUUUUGCGGUACUCCUGCUUCUGCAAGUACUUUUGGUACAUCGACUGCACACGAUCGAAUGUUCCAGCAAGACAGUCCUGGUAAACCUGGACCACGGCAGAUGCGAUGUGAACUGUGCUGUGAUCCUCGACAAGAACGUCGAACUCGUCCUCCAUGGCGUUGAACAACGUCUCGUGGAUCAAGAUGAUGUCGACUUCCUUGUUCUGCUUGAACAGGUCUACCACGAUCGCGCUGAUCCAGUCUCUUUUCUCAGCCGACUCGGGUCCACCCCAGUUAUUGUCCACGGCGGUGGUCAGGAUGUCCCAUCCGUGCACCAGCAUCGCGACACCGAGCUCGAAGUUGGCCUGUUUCUUUUCGUCGGCCAAUUCGAGCGUCUUCUGCCCUUCCAAAGCGCACAGGUAUCCGGAGUCUUCUAA